CUUCUGCACCCCUUUGUGGACGCAGCCAAGGGGCAACCCCCACCCAGCUCCAAACCAAUCACCACAACCAAUCACCACCCCCAGCAUGGCCCAGUCCAAUGACAUGACAGGGGACUCCUUCCUCAUGGGGCACUUUCCCAACCCACAGAUUGCCCCACCGGCGACGCUGUCGGACGAGAAGCUGCUUCAGGAUGUGCUCGGCUUGGCGGCACCACCGGACCCAGCCUUUGACAGCUUCCUGCUCGAUGCUUUCUCCAAGGGCACCGCGCAGCAGGACGCUUCGCUGCUGCCACCCCCAACAUUGAGCGACGAAAUGCUCAACUACCUGCCUGCCACAGGCACGUACGCUGCUCAGCCAGAUGCGUCCGCCUCCUCUUCGCCUGCAGUCUCAGCGGCAGUGCACGCCGCAGUACCUGCCAAAGAAGAGCCUGUGAUUCCAGCCGAACCAUCGAAGAAGGCAACAAAGGCCAAGCAGUCCAAGAAGAAGCGUGCUUCCUCCUGGGGCUCCCGCACUGCUGAUGGCCGGCGCCGGCGCAAGGAGCCGAAGCGUGCGGACUACGCGACGACGGAGGAGUAUCUCGCCGACUGGAGCCGCUGGCGUCGCAUUCGCGACAGCAACAACCGCUCUGUCAAGCGCUCGCGCGAGAAGGCACGGGAGCGCUCACAGCAGAUUGAGGCCCAGAACAACGGCCUCCAGCAGCAGAUUGACCAGCUCGCAGACGAACUCAAGGAGGCCAAACAGCUCGCGUUCAAGGCGUUCAUGUCUCGCGAGUCCCUGCUCCCGUCAGAGGUGGACCGCAUCGCCUCCUUCGCAGACUCGGCUUGAUGCCAUCGCCAUUGUUUCAUGCCCUUCACAUCACACCAUCCACCGCCACCUGUUUUCCCUCAGAUUCGUCCUCGGACGUGUCAGCCUUUUCUCCCCGCUUCCACGACGUUGCCGUUGCUGUGUCAGCUGCCAUGGUUUUGGUUUCUUCUUUUGAACUUGCGUUAGGCCUGUCACCCACUGGCAGUAAAUAGACCCCC